UGUUGCUGUAGUGAUAUAUUCGCUUUGACGAUGGCGGUUGCAGAAAAGAAAAAUGUCAAAGGCAUAAAUAACGAUGGACAAACUUGGCCACAAGUGUUAGCGAUCCUAAUAGUGUGUUUGGUUCCAUUUACGUGUGACUUAUUCUUCAGUUGGUCCUCGCCAUUCCUAUUAAAAAUCAUAAAUGACAAAAGUAUUUACGACAUAUCCGAAGAAGAAGGCUCAUAUUUCACCGUUAUACCGCCCAUUUCGAUGAUCCUAACGAGCAUCUUCUUUUCAAAUUUAAAUGACAAACUAGGACGGAAACCCACAAUACUCAUAAACAGCGUACCGCACAUUAUUGCCUGGAUUCUCACCGCUACAGCAACAAAUGUUUGGAUGUUCUACGCGUCCAGGCUUGUCGCGGGAAUUGCAGACGGACUGAUGUUCGCUUCUGUGCCGAUGUACAUCGGAGAAAUAACCACGCCUAAAGUCAGAGGAGUAUGGGGGAAUGCCUUAAACUUUGCCAUUUACCUGGGCCAAUUCGCAAUCACAGCGAUAGGUAGUUACUGCGACGUGAAACAGACAUCUUAUAUAUGCAUCUGUUUCCCGGUGAUUCAUAUCAGCCUCUUCUACUUUAUGCCUGAAUCGCCCUAUUUUUACAUCAUGAAGGGGAGAUUUGAAGAAGCCAGGGAAUCACUGAGGUGGCUGAGAAAGAAACAUGACGUUGAGGAAGACUUUAUUUUAUUAAAAGCCGACGUGGAGCGGCAAAUGUCGGAAUCUGGCACUUGGAAGGAUUUACUUACCAUUAAUAGCAACAGGAAAGCUUUGUUUGCUGGUGUUUUUUUAAGAAUUUCACAACAGCUCGGUGGUAUAUCGGUAUUUGUUGUGUAUACGCAAUACAUUUUUCAAAAAUCUGGAGGAAACUUAAGCCCACAAGUCUCUUCUAUGAUAUUUGUUGGUACGCUUUGCAUCUUGAAUCUUGUAGGUGGCUACACUUUGGACCUGUUUGGGAGAAGACUGUCGUAUAUAGUUUCUUUGGCAACUUGUGGUAUAGUAUUACUUAUAGAAUCUGUUUAUUUCUAUAUAGACCAAUUUGAAACUCAGAUAGAUAUAAAGUUCCUGAACUGGAUCCCAAUAACUGGAAUGAUGAUUUUUGUACUAUUCUACUCAUUUGGUUUAGGAGUUGUUCCCACAUUGAUGCUUGGUGAAUUGUUUUCUGCCAGCGUUAAAGCCAAGGGUUUAAGUGUUUUAACUGCACUAUUUGGGAUUCUUGUUUGUACAAUUACCAAACUAUUUCAUGUACUCACUACCAAUUUUGGUCUGUAUUCACCGUUCCUACUAUUUUCUGUAAAUUGUCUUGUGUCAACAAUUUUGGCAAUUUAUUUGAUACCGGAAACUAAAGGAAAGACUCUCGAACAAAUUCAGCAAUCUUUAAAAGGUUCGAAGAAAACAAAUGAAAACAAUGGGGUGAAAACAAAUCCAAGCCCUUAAAGUUACUAAUACCAGUUUAUAUUUUCUUGAAAUCAAAAAUUAAAUGCAAAUUUAUAUACUUAGCAUCUACAAGAAAAAAUACUGCUAUUUUAUUUGACUAUUACAAGAUAAAUGUGAUCUUUUUUUAAUAUACCAGACGUAUUUAGGUUUUUUAUAACCAAUAUAAGGCUGAUUGCUUAUAACACUAGAGUUGUUGGCAUUUGGAACUGUAUACCGUAAACAUAUACAUAGAGAUCCAGAAUGAUCGAUGGCGCCGCUACUUACAAAUAUUUUGUGUGCCGCUCUCCUAUUAUUUUCACUCUUCGUGAUUGCCAACACUGACAGUGCUUUACUUCGUUCAAUGGUGGGUUAAGUGCAGUGGCAAUAGGGUCACAUAUUCAUUUUAAUCACAAAUAAACAAUACAAGAAGCAGAUUGUUGACACUAAUUAAUUUGAGGGGUUUAUUAACUUGUUAAAAGUAUGAAUUAAAUAAUAAUGAUUUAGAUAUUAUUAUUAUUAACCUCAAAAUUGCAAAAAAACAUUAAUGGAUUGAAUAAUUCCAUCCAUUGUCAUCUCGUUGACCACUUCGAAAGUAGGCCUCUGCAAUAAAAUCGUCUUCUAAGGAAAAAACCAUUUUCUGACCUAAAACAGUUCAAGUGCUUUAUAUCGAAGAAACCAUCAGUAUUUGCUUCCUCACCACAAAACUAACAGUGUACAAAUGAUUAGCGUUGAAAAAUGCUGAUUAUUUAGAAUAUUAACGGUAAAUUCAAAUAAAAAACACAAUCGGCGAACAGUAGAAGUAAAUUUUAAUAUCUUUGGUAGCAUUUACGUGUGACUUCAAUCAUUCUGGAUCGCUCGGUAUAAAGUCUGAAGAAAGUAGACACUGUAAUAGUAAAUUCGUCGUUUAAGUUACAACAAAUAAUUAUAACUAUAAAAGUAAUUUGUAAAAAAUGCUGCGAUAUUGUGAUUAUUCCAUCAAUUAUAGAAGCAAAUAUAUUUUUGAAGUC